AUGACAGGAUGGCAAGCUGUUUCUGCAGACGCAAAAAGCAAAGUGGACACACUAAGUGUCCACUUUAGCGGUGUUUAUCGUACGGACAACGGUGCGCCCGCAACCUCGUAUACGGCAAAUCCUCCUGUAGUUAUUGACGAUUUGCGUCUAAUGGAGGACAUGGUUAGGAGCCACCUAGAGAGCUUAGAUAUAAACAAAUCGGCUGGUCCCGACGGUAUCCACCCAGCCAUUGUAAAACCAUUAGCGGGUAUCUUAGGUCGACCACCAUGUCCACUAUUUAAGCUAAGCCUAGAACAAGGUAUUCUACCAUUGAAUUGGAAAACAGUCCCCGUGGUAGCCAAACAUAAAGAAGGGCCUAGUGCAUCUUGGUCUCUUUGUGCACUACCGUCAGUCAGUUGGAAAAAAGGUGAUGAAACUAGUGCUGACAUUGUUCACGUAGUUUAUUACAAUGGCGGAGUCGGUCGAGAACGUGACGCGAUCUUCGAUCUUAUACGGAAGCACUGCCGCAACUGCUUGGCUAUACGCACCGCUAGCACGGCCGCGCAAAACCAACGUCAAGUUUGCUUGAUCGGCGAACGUCACCUUAGUGCCGUUAACCGUGCUGAUCGUCAGGGAAGAUGGUCAGGUGGUGAUGUUGUGGUUUACGACGAAGCGUUUGAUGAUCAACGAGGUAUCGGAUCCAUUGUCAAUGAACGCCAUCGCCUUCACCACCUCCCUGGGUAUCCGCCCACUGAGCCAGGUCGUUCAAAUCCGCUUGAAGAGAACUUUGAUCAUUUGAAUCCUUGA